UUCGGUUGGAAGCUUUGGCCGAUGACGACAUCAAGGCGCACAUGUCAUGUUACCUGGCCCAUGAGUGUGGGUUGUCACCUUGUGAUGGCGAUGGCUUCACUGGUAGUCUCACGGAGAGAGUGCUCGUUUGAUGCUGUUGUACAUACCGCCGCCACCUGUCAGCUGAGUCAUCGCUCGCCGCUGCCGAGGUUGCGAUGGCGACCGAUGAGAUGAUCGGUGACGAUUCUGACGUGAUGCGGAGACGAUUCUGACGUGAUGCGGAGACGACAUUGUUUGUGAUGACGCUGGCUAUCAAGACCCUCUGUACAAAGCUACUCAUGACGAUUAGCUUGAUAUUGCAGCCGGCAUGCCUGUCGUUGGCAUGGUUGGCAGGCGUGCCGCGACGUUCUGUGCCAUCGCCACCGCCACGCCACUCUCGUGACCCCCAUGCUUCACCUCCACGUAGCAACAAGGCACACCAUAGCCAUGGGGGCCACCCUUGCCAUCCUUCAUCUCCACCUACACCACCUGCCCACCACCUCUGCCUCCACCAUCCUCACAUCCCUCUCCGAUGCCACCACCACUACCCCGCCAGCCACCGGCACCGGCACCGGCACCGCCAGCGCCACCGGCGUUACCUUGUCACACCUGACGCCCGCCUCCACCGCCAUGGCCACCGACAGCAUCCAGAACUUUUGCAUUGGUGCAGGAUGCUACUGGGGCACAGAGCAUUAUAUCACCCACAAGUUCCAGAAGCUGUUCCCGGAUUCGAUAUCUGACGCACAGGUUGGGUUCAUGGGUGGCGACUUGCCCGAUCCCAGCUACCGGGAUGUGUGCUCGGGUAGGACGGGUCAUGUCGAGGUGGUCCAUGGCAAGCUCGAUACUUCCAAGGCGUCGUUCGAGGACUUGGUCCGCUUCUGCUUCUCCUUCCAUGAUCCCACCACCCUCAAUCGCCAGCACAAUGAUCGCGGGACAGAGUAUGCUUCUGUUUGGUUUGCCUACUCGGAUGAACAGGCGGAGGUGGUCGAAAAUGUCAAGUCGGAGCUGCAGGCUCUGCUUGAUGAUGGCACCGUGACUUGCUUUGAGGGCAAGUCGGUGGUUACUGACGUCCGUCCCGCAGCCGAGUUCUACCCCGCCCACGAAGACCACCAGGCGUACCUGGCCAAGAACCCUGGAGGGUAUUGCAGCCACCGAAUGUACUUUACCUGGCCGUAGUCCCCAGUCACCUUCUUUACACCUUAGACAUGACACCGUCACUUGAGCGCAAUGACCAUCUUCCCGUUGGCGUCGACCACGGUUGCUUCUUCGCCGCCAAGCUUGGCCGAGGUCGGCAGCGGCCGCAGCGGCGC